UAUGUCAACAGGUUAUAAAGAGCAGGCCAUGGUAAACCAGUUUUGAAUAGUUGGUAACUUUAGUAAGCCACCAGAACAAAAGCCGGCAACAUCGAAAUUCCAAAUUUGACCCCGUGACUCUUGACCCGGCGAAAAUGUUGGUGGCCACCUUGCAGCCGGGCUUCGUGACCGAGGGCGUGCCGCCAUUAUUGGACUGCAGGGCACCACUGAACCCCAGGCGCUACGAUGAGGAGUACCUUCUGUUUGUACUGGCCUUGUCCAUAUCCACCCAGAUGCUCCUGAUGCUCUAUGUGGGAUUCGCCGUCUUGCAGCCGAGUUCCCUGCGAAGAAGGCAAAUGAAUGAGGGGCACCGAAGAACCUUCGCCAACUUCAUCUUCCGAAGGAUGCUUCGCCAGCUGGAUGAGGCCUUCUGCGGACAGGACUCCUGCAGUAUUCCCCGGGAGGAGCGUUUGGACUCCUGCCUAAGGUCCAACGAAAAGGUAUCUCUGGCCAUCCAACUGUUUCGCCGCGAUGCUCUUAAGGUCCUCCAGCCAGGUCAGGACCUCUCAUCGGACUUGGCUAGCGAUGUUUACUACGUGCUGGACGAGGAGGAGCAGGAACUGGAUUUCAAUGGCUAUGGAUGCUCCCAAACCAAGGUCGAGGUCACCGAGGACCUAUUAAUGCACCUGUUGUACCCCGAACGGAUUGACCCUGAGGCGUAGUGAAUUACAAGCAGAGAUUAUACCUAAUCUUUUGGAAAAGUCACUUACGUUUUCGAUCCAUAGUUACUAAUGCUCAAAUUGAUUUGUAUUUUUUUUUAUAAACCGUCCUAAAAUUGUUCUAAGCCCUUAGACUAUGCAUUGUUUUUAUUAACAAUCGAAAUUGUUGGAUAAAUAACCAAUAUAACCAUA